AUGGAGAAGUAUUCGAGUCUGAAUCCUGAGAAUAAUGCCUCCGUGGAAUCUUUGCUUCACGGCGGUGAUGAAACUCGCUUGGAAGACGAUGGCUUAGACAGCUUCACUUUCAAGCACCGCAAUGGUUCCUGGCUCGAGCGACACAAAAUCGCUAUCUGCGUGAACGCUCUCUUAUUAUCGCUGAACGUGAUAUUAGGUUUCUUGUUUUACACCUGGCUUAAUCUUCAAUACUCCCAUUACCCAUUUUUCGAAGAGACGCCUGCUCGCGAUGUUAUCAGAUAUGAGGGGCAACAACUAGAUUUGCUACCUGUGUAUCUGCCCAAUGGAACCUUGAAUCCUGAAAAACCAGGACACUUCAACGGAAAGCCGACACCCCAGCUUGCCGAAGAUUGGAAGAGCAUCAUGCAACACCAAAAUAUUCGUCUUCAGAGAGAUGAACUUGGCCCAUUCGCCCAUGAUGACAACGUCAUCCAACUUGCCGAUGGAUCUGGUUAUUUUGCUACGUUAGCGGUGUUUCAUGGGCUGCAUUGCCUGAAGAGAUUCCAUCACUACAUUCAUCGGGAUUCUUACUACCCUAACAUGACUGAAGAAGAUGACGCGCGCCUUUUGUACCAUACUGAACACUGUGUUGAUUGGUUGAGGCAAUAUGUACAAUGCAACGCCGAUACUACAGUCAUCCCCUUCUACUGGGGAGCUGGACAAAAACACCCUUUGGCGGUUGAUAAAGCAAAACAUCAAUGUGUCAAAUGGGAGCCCCUCGAGCACUGGAUGGCAGAACAUUCUUUCGACGCCUUCGAGCAAGGCCUACUCGUGCAUCCUAUUUACGGCGACCCUUAUACCGGAGAGAAGGCGGACACAAUUGGAAUCGCUUUAGGUGAUCAUACUCUGGAGGUCGGGAAUGGUGGACAUUCUCACUAG